AUGCCCCCUGCCCUGGCUGCUGAGGCGGCGAACGCAACCCAGGUGGAGAAAUGCGAUACGAGGUGCGGGCGGGCAGAGAGGGGGGUAGUGAAUGUGUGGCAUGGCAUGUCUGCCUGCCCUCCAUCGUAUCAAUGUGUGGCAUGGCAUGUCUGCCUGCCCAUCUGCUCUCACGUAACCCAGGUGGAGAAAUACGAGGUGGAGCGCAUUCUGGCCCCGCAGCUGGCCGCGUAUGCCAUCGUGGGGACGACACCUGCUGCUGCUGCUGCGCGUUACAUGCCUGCCUGCCUGCCCUCCAUCCAUCAUAGCAUGUUCUCCCUUCCUCUUCCCAUGCCCUCCUCCCCCCCCCUCUCAGGUGGACCGCAUUCUGGCCCUGCUGCUGCUGCUGCUGCUGCUGCUGCUGCACGCUGCCUGCUCUCCAUCAGAUCAUGCUCACACUUGCACACCUACUCACUUGCACACCUACUCACUUGCCCACCUACUCACUUGCCCAUCUCAUCCCUCUCAGGUGGAGUGGAGCGCUUUCUGGACCCGGAGCUCACCGCGCGUGCCAUCGUGGGGGUGGAGCGCAUUUUGGACCCGGUGCUAACUGCGUACGCUAUCUUGGGGGUGACGGCUGCUGCGGGCGACGGCGAGAUUAAGAAGCGGUGA